CCGCCCGCCAUGGGCCUCGCGCCGCCCCGCACCGCCUAGCGGGGCUCGGCCUCCCGCGCCGCCCGGGCCCGCCGGGCCCCACCGCCCGCAGGAUACCCGUGAUCUCUCAUAUGUGGAAAGAAGGCUAGCAGAAAGGCGAAAAGAUGGGUGUUAAAACAUUCACUCAUAAUUCCCCUGCUCACAGUCAGGAGAUGCUGGGAAAGCUGAACAUGCUGCGCAACGAUGGACACUUCUGUGAUAUCACCAUCCGUGUCCAGGACAAGAUCUUCCGGGCGCACAAGGUGGUGCUGGCUGCCUGCAGCGACUUCUUCCGCUCCAAGCUCGUUGGCCAAGCAGAAGAUGAGAGCAAGAGCGUGUUGGACCUGCACCACGUGACAGUGACUGGUUUUAUACCUCUUCUGGAAUAUGCUUACACAGCAACACUAUCUAUUAAUACAGAAAACAUUAUUGAUGUCUUGGCUGCAGCCAGCUACAUGCAGAUGUUCAGUGUUGCUAGCACGUGCUCAGAAUUCAUGAAGUCCAGCAUUUUAUGGAAUACGCCCAACAGCCAGCAAGAGAAGGUGCUGGAUGCAGGGCAGGAGAACAGUGCAAACUGCAACUUCACGUCCCGGGAUGGCAGCCUGUCUCCCGUUUCUUCCGAGUGCAGCGUGGUGGAAAGAACCAUUCCCGUUUGCCGAGAGUCGCGGAGGAAGCGCAAAAGCUACAUCGUGAUGUCUCCCGAGAGCCCCCUGAAGUGCAACACACAAACAAGUUCCCCCCAAGUGCUGAAUCCUUCAACUUCAUACCCGGAGUCCAGAAAUCAGCCCGUGGACUCAUCCCUAGCUUUUCCCUGGACUUUUCCUUUUGGAAUUGAUCGAAGACUUCAGUCUGAGAAGGUAAAGCAGGCAGAGAACUCUAGGACUUUGGAAAUGCCUGGGCCCUCCGAGUCCAACAGAAGAAUCGCAGAUUACGUGACUUGCGAGAGCACCAAAGCCAGUUCUCCCCUCGUGAUUGAAGAAGACGUGCGUGUCAAAGUGGAAAGGUUAAGUGAUGAGGAGGUUCACGAGGAGGUAUCCCAGCCUGUCAGUGCAUCCCAGAGCUCUCUGAGCGACCAGCAGACAGUCCCAGGGAGCGAGCAAGUGCAGGAGGAUCUCCUGAUCAGCCCGCAGUCGUCCUCCAUAGGCUCAAUAGAUGAGGGGGUUACGGAGGGAUUACCCACACUCCAAAGUACCUCUGGCACUAACGCUCAUGCAGAUGAUGAUGAUCGUUUGGAGAACGUUCAGUAUCCCUACCAACUCUACAUUGCUCCUUCUACCAGCAGCACAGAGAGACCCAGCCCAAACGGUCCAGACAGACCUUUUCAGUGUCCAACCUGUGGGGUCCGCUUCACUCGCAUUCAGAACUUAAAACAACACAUGCUUAUCCACUCAGGCAUUAAACCAUUUCAGUGCGACCGCUGUGGGAAAAAGUUCACCCGCGCUUACUCGCUCAAGAUGCAUCGCCUGAAGCACGAAGGUAAACGCUGUUUCCGGUGCCAGAUAUGUAGUGCCACUUUCACUUCCUUCGGGGAAUAUAAACACCACAUGCGGGUUUCCCGGCACAUUAUCCGCAAGCCUCGGAUUUACGAGUGCAAAACAUGUGGCGCCAUGUUCACCAACUCUGGAAAUUUAAUCGUUCACCUGAGGAGCUUGAACCAUGAAGCGUCAGAGCUAGCAAACUACUUCCAGAGCAGUGACUUCCUAGUACCGGACUACUUAAACCAGGAACAAGAGGAGACCCUCGGGCAGUAUGAGCUAGGGGAGCAUGGCUUUGAAAGCAACUCUUCUGUCCAAAUGCCUGUCAUUUCACAGGUGUCGUCAACUCAGAAUUGUGAAAGCACUUUCCCCUUGGGGUCUCUGGGUGGGUUGGCAGAGAAGGAAGAAGAUGUGCCAGAGCAGCCAAAGACUAACGCCACUGCUGAGGCAGCCGCAGGUGACCCUCCCAAAGGGGAGCUGUCAUCUAUUACUAUUGAAUAAUUCAUGGGUUGGUUUCAUUUUUGUUCUUUGGAAAGUGCCUGUGUUUGGUCCUGUACAUUUUAAUUUAAUUUUUUUAAACGAAAGUGGGGAGAUUUUCCCUUUUUACUUUGUAAGCUACGCUUUAACCAGAAAACUGCAACAGGUGUUACAUUAUUUUUCAUGACUGAAUGAUCACUUCUGUGAAAAUAUUUGAGACUGAAUGCACAAAAAGAUCUUGUCAGAACAUCAUGGAAGCUGUGAUACACUUCUAAAGAAGAACAACUGAUUCAGAUCACUUUAACUAUUUCUUCUUCCACAGUUAGAGCAGCUCGUUAAGUUUCUCUUGAUUCUGCAGCCCCUCUGGUUAAGGGAAGGAAAUCAGAGGAAACCUUUUAAGAUGACAAACAAAAGGAUGCAUUGGAAAUCAUUAUUGAACAGUUUUGACUAGUUUUGAGUGGAUGCUUUAAUCUCGUGCAUAAAAAGACACUUCCUAUCUCUGUGCCUGCUGAUUUUCAAAGUGCUUACUGUAACCCUUCUUGGAAAUGGUAAGCAUUUCUGAAACUUAACAGUCACACACUUUUUAAAAACACCUCUUCCCUUUUCAUCUCAGAUGAAUCAGCUUUGACAAGCCAAGUGAUGUCGUGCCAGGUAUUCCCACUUCUUAUAUUCCAGGCCUUUUAGAAACUCCUGGAUCAAAUAGCCUGUCCAGAUUUGCCCAUCUAAGGUUAGGCAUGGAAAUACUGUGGUCAGGAGAAAUCUAAUGGUGCAUAAUGAGUAGCAAAGUAUUUAUCCAUGCAAGCCUGACAAAUAUCUCAUCACUGUAUUUUUUGUAUGAAAAUGAAGGUGUUCCCAAACUGAAAAUCUGAAAUUCUGGAGUGACUGUUGGCAGUUCUGGUCACUUCCCCCAUCAUAUAUAUUGUAUUUCUACUGCUCUCCAAAAGCUUAACUAGAGGGAGCUUACAGGUAGGAAGAAAUGAGCUCUUUUGUGCGUUAUUGCACUUUUUUUUUAUUGAUGCAUAUGGUUUUUGAGGUUCUUAUUAGUCUGUUUUGGACAAAAAAAAAAAUGCAGUUCAUUCUCCUUGGAGGCCAACUUUUUAACCCAACAGAGGGUUGUUUACAAAAAGCCUAUAUAGCAAUGAUGAAUUGUUCCAAUUUCAAAACAUUUGACAUCCUUGCCAACUCAGUUUAUGAAAGGCCAAUACUCCAGCUACAUACACAGCUCAAGGAAGCAAUAAAUUGAAAGAUUUGCAAUUUCAUUUUUCCAUAUUUAGAAAAAAGCUGCAAAUUUAGGGUGUGGGAUUUUUCAGAGCAGUGAGUCUUGUUUUGUCAAGGCUGUUUGGGCUGUAGUACUGCUUUGAAAUCUAAAUUAGGAAGCACAUUAGGAGGUUUGUGAUUUUUUUAUUCUUGCUGCUUCUGAAGUUAACUCGGUGUUUGAUGCCAAAUGCCUGUCUCCUACAGGUGACAUGCUGAACCAGUAGGUAUUACUUGAUCUUAGUAUUCCAAAGGCAUUACAUGCUCCCUUAGUUUUGAAUCUUGUUUUUGAAAAUUGUUGCUUUCUGUCUGGAUUAUCUUUUUUUUUACGUGAAAAAUGAGGAGGAAAUGAAACCAGUAGAGAAAGGUUGCUCCUGAGGAAACAGAAGACACAAAAGUUGUAUUAUAUUGCAAGCUCAAUUUGUAUUCAGUCAGCCUAGGCAGCUCUGAUACUCUCUAGGUCUGAGUUGUUUCUACUAAUAGCCAACUUUUGUAAGGAAAAAAGUUUCUUGUCCUUUGGAAAGAGCUUAAAAGGUUUCAGUGACUCUUAACAGCUUUUCUCUGCUGUGUUUCAGGUUAAAAACACACAUUUUAGUUAAAUAGAACAAAACCAGUUGGGAUUUAAGUCCUUUCCAUGUUACUGGAGUGAAGUUUCUCCACCAGAUCCAAAGGGUGUUUUAGUAACAUGCUGCAAAGCAAUUCUCUGCUACAAUUCAGUCUCCUAUGGAUAUAUACCUUUGUGGGUCUUCUUAAAAGGGCUAGAAGGAGAAACUCUUUUGGGUUGCUGUACUGUGAAUUACUCCAGUGUCUGUUCAUGGGCUGAGUUUAAAGACCAGUUCUCUUCCACUUCUGCUUUCUAUGACUGAGAAGCCAGUGAGACAAGACAGUGCUUUUUGCUGAGUUUUAUCCUGAAGUAUAGGGCUCUGACACUGAACUCAAAUACAUUAUUUAGUUUUUUUCUUAGAAGUGUUACUCCACUUUGCAGGUAUGUGAGAAUCCUUAGGGAUUCAUGUAGUACAAAGUACUUCACACAGCAGUACAUCUGCAGGCUGGACAGAUGUAAUAAUCAAAAGUGGCCAGAUAGAGAUGGGCAUAAUUUUAUGUUAGAAUCUGAUAAUUUUCACCCAUAAUAUAUUUUGCUAAAUAGUUUAUUAGUGAGGAGAUGUGCAAAUAGAACAAACCUGUCUGGAUAUUGGAUUUUUAAGACUCCACAUUCAGAAGGCAAACUGCUUUCUGAAUACCAAAGAGAAGGAGAAAAAAAGUGACUCUAAUCUGUUCUUUGAAAAGAAAUGAGUAUCAUUAACUGUUAACACCUUGAUACAAGGCAGAUCAUGGGUUUUGUUACUCAUUGCACUGUGUUGCAGAUUAUCUUUUCAACCCUUUAAUCUCUGUGUAGCAUCUUAAUUUAGUUCUCACUUUUCAAUCUGAUUCAACUGCAGGAACAAUAGAGUUCUUAGAGGAUUCUGUUUGUUUAGGGUUGGCUUUACUUUUGAGUUUCCCCGUUUGUAAUUGUUUCUUGUUACUAUCUCUUUUCUCCAUAGAAGUGAACACAGAUAAAACACAAAUACCAUUUUGUUUCUCCUCCCUAACUUGUUGGAAGUGUUCAGUUCUUUGAAAUGCUGGUGUUUUUCACAGGAGAGAUGUAAAAACAUAGGACAUCUUUAAACAGUCUCUGUUGCUAAUAUACUUAGAUUCCAAAUUAAGCCAGAUAGAUAACAAACUAAGCUAGAAGAAACUUGCCUUAAACUACACUUGUGAUUAAACUUAAUCCAUAAAUUUCUUUCAGUACAUUUUGAACUCUUGACUGAAUUUUUUGGUUUUGGUUUUUUUCUUUCCCCUCCCCACCAAAAAAAAAAGAGCACACCCAAAAGAAACCCACUAUUUGAUAUGCACUUAUAUUUCUGCUUGACAAAGAUCACAGAAUCACCGAGCAGUUGAGACUGGAAGGGACUCUGGAGAUGAUCUAGUCCAACCUGAGGCUCAAAGCAGAGUCAGCAAGAACAGGUUGCUCAGUCCAGUCAGGUUUUGUAUUCCUGCAAAGAUGGAGACUCACCAACUUCUCUGGGAAGCCUGUUCCAGUAUUUGACCACUCACCACAGAGAAUGUUUUAGUAUGUUUAGAUUUCUUUUAUUUGAGUUUGUGCCCACUGACAAAAGCCUGGGUCCAUCUUCUUUUCUCCCUCCUAUCUGGCAGGUUUACACAUUGAUAAGAGCCCCCUUGAGCAAAUACCUGGAUGUAUGACCCUACAUGGAUGAGGAGUUUGCUUCUCAAUGAGUAGCCUCCAAAUCCAUUCACAAAGUGAUUUAUGUCUUGCUUUUGCAUACACCCUUCUCCCAUGUGGCACCAAUCUUUGCACUCAGUGGAAAAUCCUUUCCCCACCUGUUUCUUUAGCAAGCAGAGUGCCUUCACUACCACAGAACCAGUGAGGUUCUGCCCUAUGCCAGGGACCUGAGCAGGGUCAUUGCUCCUUGCAUAUUGUGUAGAGCAGUUAUGUCUGAUGGGAGCAAUGGGAAAGGAAGGGAUGGGCUUUUUUUUCUGGCUUAACGUGGUGUUUUUGGGCGAGGGGAAAAAAGUCUCCCCAUAAAGUGGGAGGAAAAGAAGCACGUUUUAGCUGUGCAGGAGAUUUGGCCAAAUUGUAAGGGUUUGUUUUGGUUUUUUUAAUGCAGACACACAGCACAACUCCCCUGGAAAUCCAUGGGGUGCCUGCACAUUCAGCAAAUUAAGCUCCCUGUCAGAACUGCUUGUCACUGUUCUUAGACCACUUUAAAGGUGUGUGUUCCUGGUGGUUUGUCUGUCCUGCUAGAGUUUGAGUUCAGUUGUCAGGCUCGCAGAUACUGUGGUCGAGUCUCUCAUACUGAGAGAUUAGUUAGCUAUUGAAAAUGGUUCUGGGUUCACAUGUAUCUUGAGUCUAAAAGGUGUGAAUUUAAACUUUUUAAAAAAGUAAUAGCUGCCAAUGCAGUAAAAUAUAUUUUAUAAGACUAUGAUCCCUAUAUGUCCCUUACGGGAUAAAAUUUUAUUGUUUUUAAGCUAUGGUUUAAAGUUUUUAUAUGAGGGCUUCAGUUGCUUCUUGGUUGCUGGCUUUCCCCUCCAGCCCCAGGAUGUAAGAGCACUGAGACUAUUGCUGGUCUCUCUCUGAGAUCAGUCGUGAAGCAUUUUAUAUGCAAAUAGAAGGGGAGCUUCGUGCGCCCUGCAGGGAUGGAGAGAAUGCAGAGGUAAGGAGCACCUGUUGCUCCUGGGUCCAUUGCAACUUCCACACCAUCAGAAUAUGGAAAAUAGCUAAUUUUCAUUCAGAUGGAUUACGUUCCAAGUUUUGCUUACAAGGUGAAACCCAGUUUUGGAGGGUUCUCAUCUCCAAGUAUGGACAUAAUAAAUUCCAUAGCAUCUCGAUGACAGAUAAGAGGGUUCAAGGCCAGACGGUGCCUCAGCCACAUCAGAGGUAGAGUGGGUUCAAAGUGUUAGAGGAAAUGUACCAUGAUAACAAAUGUGAAUUUUUUUAAUGCAGCAGUACUUACUGCUCUGGGUUUUUGUUAACUCAAGGUGUGCUAUCACAGUGAUUCAGUGUCCCACAGGACUCAACUCCAAAUCUGGUUGCACUAAAACAAGAAUAGAUCCGAAUCAGUUUCUGGUGCUGCCAGCCUGUGUGGCAACUGUACCUACAGUCUUCCUGAGGGUUGCUGGAGUCCCCAGAGGAGUGAUUUUGUUUAACCAUUCGUUUAGCUGAUGCAUGCUUUUGAUAUUCUGACUUAUAGCCCUGGCUACACAAAGUUCUUGGACAGCUUCUUUGCCCUGUUCCUGCAGUGCCUUCACUCUAGGUGCUGCCCUAUGGUGAAACCCCCAAGAGGGAAUGAGGAAGCUGAAGGAAAAAAAAAUGUGAAUUAAAUUAUUGUUGGGCUUCUUUGUGCAUUUUAGUAACAGUGAAACCCCCUUAACUGUGCCAGUCUCCAGUCACCAGCCGUAUAUCCAGUUGUCAUCUCAUCCACAGUACAGCUUCUCUUGUUGAUGCUGGCCACAGCUAGAUUACUUGGCAUGUUUAUUGACUUAACAGAAUUGUUUUUUGGUUUUGGUUUUGUUUUUUAAUGUAUACGAUGUUUAAAUACACUUCACAUUUUAUAUAAUACUAUCUGGCUAUUAGUAUUUUUCAGGAACCAUAGUUCUUGGUGGCUAUAUAUAUUUUUGUGACUUUUUUUGUAAACUAAGUGCCGUUUCAACGUUACAAUCAUUUUUAGAGUUAUUGUAAUCAAUGUGAAUAUCAUGUUUUUUCAAAUCUGUUCUGAGCCUGUAGUGUUUGCUUUGUGAUCAUAUGUGUCAUGUAUAUAUUCUGUAUAGUUACAUUGUAUUGAAAUACUAGCUUGUUUGAUAUAAGAAAAGUAUGUAUUGGGUACCUUUUUGCUAGCCUGGUUGUUUAAUCUUUAAAAAAAAAUGUUCUAAAAUACAAAAAAAAUAAUCUCCAAACUGGUCCCAUUAUAGGUCAAAAUUAAGGGGGGAGAAAAACUAGUUUUGAGUGUCUUUGGAUAGAAACAUGAAGCUAAGAUUUUUCAUUAAAAUAUUAAUGUUUUAUGGAGUA